CGCCCCGGCCCCCCCUCCCCCUCGGGUCCUCCUGCGCUAACUGUGCUCCUCCGGGGCCCGGCGCCUCUUCCCAGCCAUGGUGGCCUGGCGCUCGGCGUACCUCAUCAGCCUGGCUUUUUCCUUGGCCACCUUGGUCCCCAGAGGCUAUGGCGACUUUGGUGAUGGUUUUAAUCUGGAAGAUGCGCUGAGUGAAACUUCCUCAGUCAAACAGCGAUGGGACCACCUCAGCACCACCACCAGGAGGCCGGGAACACCCAUACCUCCGGCAAAGCCUGCAGGGAGUGAUUUUGACCUGACUGAUGCUUUGGGGGAUCGAGAUGAUGGCCACCGGAAACCGGGUGCAGGAGGACGAGGGACAUGGGACCAUGUUGCUACCACCACAACUAGGAGACCAAGUACAACUAGAGCACCAGCAAACCCUUUAGAUGACUUUAACCUGGCUGAUGCCUUGGAUGAUCGAAAUGAUCGAGUUGUUGACCCAAGAAAACCAAGCGCAGGAGGGGGAGGCAUUUCAGACAAGGAUCUUGAAGACAUAUUGGGAGGUGGGGCAUACUCUCCUGAUAAGAAUAAAGGUGAUGGCGGUUAUGGCAGUAACGAUGAUCCUGGAUCUGGUAUGUCGGCAGAAACGGGCACCAUCGCCGGCGUGGCCAGUGCCCUGGCCAUGGCCCUGAUCGGGGCUGUGUCCAGCUACAUCUCCUACCAGCAAAAGAAGUUCUGCUUCAGCAUUCAGCAUGCAGCAGAAGGUCAAGAAGGUCUAAAUGCAGACUAUGUGAAGGGGGAGAACCUGGAAGCCGUUGUGUGUGAGGAGCCCCAAGGUGAGGACUUCCUGGUCACCUGUGCCCUCCUGAAGGUCCCAGCUAGCCUGUGAAAUGUCCAGGCUGCAGGGGCCUAGUGAAGUACUCCACGCAGCAAGCGCAGUCUGCAGAGCCUCCGCCUCCGGAGCCGCCCCGGAUCUGAGGCCCUGCCCAGUGGCAGGUGUCCACCAAGGGUGCCGCAGCUUGUGACCCAGCUCCUGAUUUCAUCUGCCCACUUCCUCAGCUGCUUACCACGCCACUGGCUUCUCAUUGUUCUGAGUUUUCUUAACAAGCUUCAGGUGUUUGUGAGUGUGGUUUCUGUGCCCUGUCCUGCAGGGUAGGGUGUCUGCCCUCCCCUGGGUAGAGAUUUGGUGCUGAGACUCAAUACCUAACUCUGACAGAUCACCAGCAACGAAAGCUGCUGGAUCACUGAUUCCACAAAGCCUGCCUGCUCCAGCCUUGGAAUGGCGGAGGUGGGGCCGAGGGUGGGCGGGCGGUUGGAUUCUGCUGGGGAUGGUGCCAACUAUCACCUAGGCAAUGGACUAACCCCACAGUACUGUGAGCCCCCACCUACAUGCAGGAGGGGCUCACUGUAGCAGGGGUCUGUAGACAGCCCCUGGCAGUGGCCUGUGAGAGCUGUAAGUAGGGGCCCAUCUAGCAUGUGGUUCACUCGGAGCCAUUGCGAGCAACACAUCAAGCAGCACCAACGCAUGCAGGCACAGGCGUGCCACAUGCGCCCACACACAGUCAGGCGGUUAUUUGGUCUUUCUUUCCAACCCCAGGUUUGGCAUUGCUGAGUUGCCAGAGGUUUUUGCUUAUUUAAGUGCAAAUGUGCAUCUCAUGCUAGUCUUCCCUUGAGUUUAGUCAGGAGAAAUCAAGCUGUUACUCAGAGGCCUAGCUAGCUCCCAUCCUCUUCCACAGGGGCCUGGGAGUGGUCUCAAGCUGACCUGGCAACAGGUGUUCGGUGUCCCUUCUACACUGAAAAUGAGUUUUAUGCUAGAUGGGGGGGGGGGGCGUUUACCCCCACACUGUACAUGACUUUUUUCCCCCCUUUUGGGUAGCAAGAGCUACAGAUACUGAGAAUGCGCAUCAGAAGCAUGCUUAUUGAUUAGAAAUGUGCGGGGGAGGGGGAGGGGAGGGGACGUUGGCUUGGUCGCCUGGAAUGUCGCGCUGCCUUUGUAGCUCUGUAGCUGCCCUCCCUGUGUGCUUUGAUGAAGAGGUGACCAUGCUUCCCCAUGGAAACUGUUAAAUCCGGGAAACCAAGUGCGGCUCGGCCUCAGCAAGCUGCGCCUUCAGAAGCUGAGCUGGAGUCUCUACCCCUGUGGACUGAUGCUCUACUUUGCCAAAAGUGCUUCUUGAAGCACGCUGUCACUGCGCAGGCAAGAUCCCAGUUAGAGCACUUGCAGGCUUCUUCGGACCACAAGAUAGCCCCGGUAUGCCUCAGGCCGGGUAUUGGCUCCUUCACCUCCAGAAACCACUGAGGUCUGAACAGACCCCACAGGCCGCCUGCCUGGAGCGUUUGCUGGUACCACCUACUGUACUUGCGGUGGGAGCUGGGGAGGGGCCCAUGCCCAGGGCGCGCCUGGGAGCUCUGGGCCACUCCUCACCCUGCUUCUGAAACAGGGACUGGAGCUUUGGGGAGGAAGGGUGGCCUCGGGAAGCCCACCUCAUUCCUCAGCAAGUUAAUUAGCUAAGCAGCAAGGUAGGCAAUUGCUUGCCAGAUGUUUCUGUUGCCAGGACCUCCUAGCUUGCUGGUUGGAUUGAUGCCCAUUCUGUUAAGAUUUGUGCCUUCCUGAUAACCAAGACAGGAUGGCACCAGUGCUGAGCUAGAGGUGGCUCAAGGGAGGAGUUUUGCCUCUCAGGCCCAUUGCUAGGUAGGCGAGGGGGGCACUUUCUUGUUCAAGGUGAGGUCUGAUGGCUAAGCCCUUGCAACCCUACAGCCACGAUGUAAAAUACACACUAUGUGAAAUACUUUUCUCGGUAGCACCGGCUUCAGAGAGGAGCCCACUCUGCUCUCCCUUAGCUACCUCGGUGCCUUCUGCAUCAAGCCCUUCUGCAUAAAACCUCAUCUCUCGGCCCGCAGGCGCUAGCUCCGCUCCCGAUGGCUGGACAGGCCUGGGCGGGCCAUCGGCCUCCUGUUCACACAGUCUCAUCCCAGGGGCCGGGCUCCUCCUUCCCGCUGGCAUUUGACACUUGCUGGGGCACUGUAGCCUGCAGAAGUCUUGGGGCUGUUCUUAGAACUCUGUCCCCCUGAAGGUUUGAAGUGGCCAGCUUGGGUCAGUCCCAGGGGAUAGAAGGAAGAAAGCACAUGAACUAGAAAAGCCAGUUGCAAAGAUAGGCUCUCUACCGGUGCCUUCGGUGGGGAGAGCGUCUAAAAAGCUCAGUAUUCACAGUGCCACCUGUGAGUACAAAUGGGCUGAACUUGGCUUCAGGAAAGGUAGCUACAUGAAAGCAAGAGACUUGGUGUGUUGUGUCGGGGGGAGGAGGAUCCCCUCGGUAUGGGACAGGCCCAUUGCCUCGGCCACUUAGGUUGAGGUUAGUACCAGUUCUGAGAAAGUGCUAGAGACUGCCAGAAUCCCUGUACAUCGUCUCGUGCUUGUGUCCAAAUGUGAAUUGUAAACAGUCCAGUGUUUGCAUUAAACAAAAUGGAACCUGA